AUGAGUUCCAGCGGGGGUGAUGCGAAGCUGUUCGCUAGGGGCAAAGUCGCGGAGCUGCGACAGGAGCUCAAUAGCGGCGGCAAGAAGGACAAGAAUUUCUCGGCGAAGAAAAUAGCGCUCAAGAAGAUCGUUGCCAAUAUGACCAUGAGCAACAAUGACAUGGUCGCCUUAUUUCCCGAUGUGAUCGGUUGUAUGAACUUGCCCAGCCUGGAGAUAAAGAAGAUGUGCUUUCUCUUCCUGGUCAACUACUCAAGGAUGAAGCCCGAUGUCGCCUUGAAGGCGCUGCCCAUAUUGGUAGAUGAUAUGGACGACUCGAAUCCGCUUGUGCGCGCGUUGGCUCUGCGAACUAUCUCAUAUGUGCACGUUCGCGAGUUCGUCGAAGCAACCGUUCAGCCUCUUAAACGUUUGAUGGGGGACAUGGAUCCUUACGUUCGCAAAACUGCGGCUUUUUGCGUUUCCAAGCUCUACGAGCACGAUAAGAAGAUGGUUGAGGGCUCGGACCUCAUCGAUCGGCUCAACCGAAUGCUCAAGGAUGAGAAUCCAACCGUCGUGUCCAGUGUUCUUGCUUCUUUGACAGAUAUCUGGGGCCGAAGUGAAUCGAUAUCCCUGACGAUUGACUAUGCAAGCGCCUCAAAACUUGUUUCUAUCCUACCAGACUGUUCCGAAUGGGGGCAGACUUACAUCCUUGAUGCUUUGAUGUCAUAUGUGCCUCAGGACACAGCAGAAGCACUCCUGCUCGCCGAGCGUGUAGCUCCUCGCCUUUCUCACUCCAACUCUUCUGUUGUCCUUACAUCGAUCCGUGUCAUCCUCUAUCUCAUGAACUACAUAGCCGAUGAAAGGCACAUCACUUCUCUGUCGAAGAAGCUGUCACCGCCUCUUGUUACUCUGCUGUCGAAACCUCCGGAAGUGCAGUACUUAGCUCUCCGAAAUGCCAUUCUCAUUUUACAGAAAAGACCCGAGGUUCUACGGAACGACAUCCGAGUCUUUUUCUGCAACUACAAUGACCCGAUUUAUGUCAAAGUGACUAAGCUCGAGUUAAUAUUUAUGCUGACCACGAAGGAGAAUAUCGGCAUUGUGCUAGCAGAGUUGCGAGAAUAUGCAACCGAGAUCGAUGUUCAUUUCGUGCGAAAAGCCGUUCGUGCCAUCGGGAAACUGGCCAUCAAAAUUGAAUCUGCAGCACGGCAGUGCAUUGACACUCUCCUGGAGUUGGUUAACGCCAAAAUCCCUUAUAUUGUGCAAGAGGCGACUGUUGUCAUUCGGAAUAUCUUUCGCAAGUAUCCCAACCAGUACGAAAGCAUUAUCAGCAACGUCAUUCAGAAUAUCGACGAAUUGGAUGAACCAGAAGCAAAGGCAGCCAUCAUCUGGAUCAUCGGGCAAUAUGCAGACCGCAUUGAGAACUCAGACGGACUGCUCCAGGAUUACCUGGCCACUUUCCACGACGAGACGGUUGAAGUGCAACUUGCCCUCUUGACGGCCACCGUCAAGCUGUUCAUCCAACGCCCUACCAAGGGUCAACAGCUCGUACCUCAAGUCCUAAAAUGGUGCACAGAAGAAACGGACGACCCGGAUCUCAGGGAUAGAGGGUACAUGUACUGGCGUCUGCUGUCGACCGACCCGGCUACCGCGAAGCAGGUCGUGAUGGGCCAGAAACCCCCCAUCAGCGCAGAAAGCGAGAAGCUGGACUCGCGGACCCUAGAAGAACUCUGCUUGAACGUCGGCACGCUGGCAACUGUGUACCUCAAACCGGUCCAGCAGGUUUUCCGCUCUGCGCGGACCCGACGAUUGCAGUACAGCCCUGCCCUGCAGAAACCCCAAGACGAGAACGGAAGUAGUGCUUGGCAAUUCCUCCCGGGUACUGGGGCGGAUUCAGGCGUUGUGGCCAAUGCAUCGCCGACGAACGGCUCUGGUACCGGUGCAAGCAGCAUGAAUGCCGCCGUGAGCGCCGCAGACAUGUACUUCAACAGCGUCGGAAGCCAGCAGAUGGCGGCACUCGACCUGGGUGGUCGAGAAGAUGGCGGUGCUGGUGGCGGUGGAGCCUCUCAGACUCAAUACGUGGUCAACCAGAACCAGCAGCAGGUGUACCAGCCUCAGCUGGCUGGCGGGGCGGCGACAGGCGAGUUGCUAUUGUUGUAA